CGCACACGUGGCUGAAGGUAAGAAUUGUAAGGGAUAUCUUAGAAAAUAAGUUUUAGGCUCUAAGCAGACUGAUGGACCUGUACGUGGCUAUUGGCUUAGCGCUGACAAUUGCAGCCGAAGUUUUGGCGAUCCUGAGUACGGCGCUACCCUAUUGGUUCAGUGCAUCAUUGGAUAAUGGCAAGGUGAACGUUCAUGCAGGGCUGUUCAAGCUCUGCGCAAACGAUCUGGGCACAGGAUUCGUCUGUGUGGAUUACGAUGGAUGGCUCGGGCUUGGGCCAGGCGGAGUGCCCGGCUGGUUGAAGGUCGCCCAGGCUAUGAUGAUCUUGUCUGUGAUCGCGUUCGCCGGCGGCAUUGUCCUGGCCAGUAUGUACGUCGCCAAAGUCCGAGACUGGGUCAUGUUAAUCGUAGCGUCCGCCGCCCUCACCAUGGCUGGAGUGGCGUUUGGAGUGGUAGGUACGUCAGUUGCGGGAUCCAAGUUCAAUGAGCUGACACCACCGGAUGACCCUGCAACUGGCAACCUUCACGCCGCCUUUGGUCUAGGGGUCGUCGCUGUCCUCAAUGCAGCCGCCGCCGCCAUCAGUCUUGGACUCGCCUGGAUAAAGAUAGUCAAAUCGUAGAAGUGGGUCACACAUGGAAGAAAGUUACAACGGAUUGUGGAUGUUGACGUUAAUUAUUCGUUAUAGCUUUUUUUCUUAACUAACUGCAUAUUUUUAAUUAUCAACAUAUACCUGAGGUUCAGGUGUUUCCAUAUAUGUCUUCAUUUCUGGAUUAGUGAGUGUUUUAUAGUUCACUGCCAUGACUGUACGUCAUGCAUAACGCCACGAUUCCCGCUGUUCCAUGUAACGUCUUUGUUACCAUAUGCACAACAUGUUGUACAGUUCAGUUGAUCAUACUUUGUAUACCAUUGUAUUUACAAUACUCUUGUUUGUAACAUGUUUUAAUAUGUUCUACUACUUUAAAUGUCAUUUGCAAUCAGAUAACAGAUGCCAUUUCAUCAAUAUCAUCAUUAGAAAUUCAGGUUUUAUAUUCUAUUUUAUAAGGGUCAAUUUUGCCAUUUGAAAUCCUAAAUAUAAUUAAAUUUGUUUGGAUUUUUAAAACAUUUUCAAUGAAAGCCUUAUGUGGUCUAUAUAUUUUUGGCUCGUCUGUUUAUCAAAGAAAGUAAGUGGAGGUGUUGUGAUAGCCUUCGUGUUGCCGUCGAUGUCAUAGAGUGGAAGUGUUGUGAUGGCCUUCGUGUUGCCGUCGAUGUCAUCAUAGAGUGGAGGUGUUGUGAUAGCCUUCGUGUUGCCGUCGAUGUCAUAGA